UGCAGGGUCAUGGUUCUGGUGAACCCCCAGAGUGGGCGGGGCCAGGCUCUCCAGCUUUUCUCUGGGCAAAUCGAGCCCAUGCUCACCGAGGCUUCAGUCCCCUACACACUGGUCAUCACUGAGCACCAGAACCAUGCGAGGGACCUGGUGAGAGAGACUGAUCUGUCACAGUGGGACGCUCUGGUCAUCCUGUCAGGAGACGGGCUGCUGUUCGAGGUGUUGAAUGGUCUUCUGGAGAGAGAGGACUGGGAGGAGGCCAUCCAGACCCCAUUGGGCAUCUUACCAGGGGGCUCGGGCAACGCCCUGGCAGCCUCCGUCCACCACUACACUAAGUCUCCCCCGGCCUGGGGUAAGGAGCUGCUGCUGAGCUGUGGCUUCCUGCUGUGUAAAGGCCUGGUGACUCGGCUGGACCUGGUCUCUGUCCACCUGGCCUCCAGCCAGCGCAUCUUCUCCUUCCUCUCCCUGGCCUGGGGCUUCGUGGCCGACGUCGACAUCGAGAGCGAGAAGUACCGCCUCGUUGGCCCCAUGCGAUUCCUGGUGGGUACGCUGAUGCGCCUGGCCUCCCUCAAGGUAUAUCAGGGUAGGCUGGCAUACCUGCCUGCUCCUACCUUCACACCCCAGAACUCCUCCCUCUGCUCCUCUCUACCCUGUGGGCCCAACAUCAACCAGAAGGGGCCUCCUGACUCGCUCCUACCAGCCUUAGAGCAGCCGGUGCCUGAUCAUUGGACAGUAGUGAAUGAGGAAGACUUUGUACUGGUAUUGGCCAUGUUCCAGUCCCACUUGGCUGAGGACCUGUUUGCCGCCCCUGGGGCCGCAGCAGACGACGGCUUCAUCCACCUGUUGUACGUGCGUGCAGGCAUCUCCAGGCUAGCCCUGCUCACACUCUUCAUGACCAUGGAGAAGGGGGGCCACCUGGCUAUCGGCUGCCCACACCUUGUGUAUGAGAGGGUGAAGGCCUUUCGCCUGGAGCCUCUGUCCCCCGAGGGAGCGAUCACUGUGGACGGGGAGAUGGUGGAGUACGGGCCAGUACAGGCCCAGGUUCAUGAAGGAAUCGCCAGGCUCAUCUCAGGCCCGCGAGGAUGUGGCAGGCAACCAGCUCUACGCCCGCUGUCUAGCCCCGGGGUAAUCAUUCUGUGGAGGAUGAGACACGGGCCUGACAUGAAGGUCUUCCCACCUCAUGAUAUACUGUUCGAGUCAUGGAUGUAG